UAUUAGUAUUACAAAUAAAUUGUUCAAAUUAAGAAGAGAAAUGGAUAACAAAUCGAGAGUGGCAGUGAUGAUGUUUGUUUUGGUGGUCAUGGCUGCCACUGGAGGAGAAGCAAUAAAUCAUUUUUGUUCAUUUCAAUGUUCAAUGACGUGCCACGAUAUUGAGUUCACAACACCUUGCUACAAACAGUGUAUGAUCGCAUGCGACCAUCGUCCACUUGCAACUUUUCACUCAACGUCUCACUCGCAGAUGAUGAAGACUAGAGAGACAAACAAAAUGAGAUGAUAAAGAUAGCUUCAGAAUUUAUCAUAAUGAUUUUAUCCCUUUUAUUUUCUUUUUACAUAUAAAUGAAAAUCUACUAUUAAUAAUAAUAUAUUAAAAAAAGUUUCUUAUGUUCAUGUGAAAAAGUUUCAAACAAAGAUUAUAAGAAUGUGAUCAACAAAGUAUAUGGGAG